CUUUAUUGGACGGGAAUUUUCCGUCACGACUACGUAUCUGGACCAAUGAGUUAUUGCCAUGGGAUAGCAGAGCUUUCUAUGAUUCGGCUGGUUUUGUUCAAAGGUACAGCUCUCGCUUGGCCUACCAGCCACAAGGGCGACUGCAUACGAGCUGGUUUACAGCGCUCCAGUUUAAGAGACGAGAUUGGUGGGCCAACACGCCAAUAUCUACUUGCCCGUAAACUUGGUAGCACGACGCUCAACGUUCUGGAGGCUAAGUUGGCGCCUCCUCGUACCUGAAAUCUAAGUCUUGCUUCGACCCUGCAAAGCUAUGGGGAACAUAUAUAGCCUCGUCCGUUUUCACGCUUCAUCUCUUCCUGUCUCCUCCCUCAGAUAUCCCUUUUCUUUCCUCAGCUGUCUCGUUCAAUUGCAUAAUCAAAAGUCCUUCGUUCCAUCCCUCUUCAUUCGCUCUUCGUAAUCUGUUCCCCACAGCACGAUGUUCACACAACUCAUUUCGCUGGGCCUAAUGGCCACCACCGCCCUAGCAGCCUCGGGAGCCUUCUCCCCAGUCCAUCACUUCGGCGCCAUGCAUCCCCGCGACUCACUCGGCAAGCGGCAAAACGGAUACUACCCAUCAACAAGCUACUGCGGCCCCGGCGAUACGUGCGAGGAGUCCUGCGGUCCCACCUACAAGACGUGCCCUUCAAAGGAAGACCUCUACUGCUUCGAUCCGACCAUCGGCGAACAGUGCUGCCCUGAUCUCAGCGGAAACUCCUGCGACGAAGGAUACUACUGCACCAACGACCCCGAAGGCGUGACAUACUGCUGCCCCAACGACCUCGACCUGUCCAACUGCGCGGCCGCCUACUCGCUCACCGUAUCACUCAUUCGCGCUACUUCCACUGCUGCUGGAACGUAUUCUACUGCCGGUCCCGGCACUACUUCGUCUCUGAUUCACGUGAGCUCUGUCCCGACCAAGUAUCCCACGGCUAGCUACUCGCCUUCCGUACCCACGCGUAAUGCUAGUUACACCGGUCCCAGCGUUCCGGAGUACACGGGUGCAGCGGCGAAGGUCGCUGGUGCGGGGAUGGCGGUGUUGGCGGGUGCCGCUGGGAUUGCUGGAUUGUUGUGAUUGAAUCGAGU